CCGUGAAAUAUCACACAGCUGUUUCAUUGAAUCGAUUGAUCGAUUUGAUUGACGGAUCGAAACCCGUCGGGGAAAGGUUCGCCGAGAAAAGUGACAGUGUCAAAAAUGUUUCCCAUUUAAAUCGCGUUGGUUUCAGAGGUCAAUUCUAAUUCUACUACCAGAUUCCAAAGGUGCCUCCAAUAUGGUGAAAUCAUUAUCAAUCAUGAACUUUGCCAAACAUAUGAUCGUGGUGACAUUAUUGGUUGGAAUUGAAACAACGCUCGGUCAGAUUGGUGACCCCCAUCCUGCUGCUUCCUCUUUCUCCGGAUGCAAAAUAAAAUGGCCCCUAAAUGGAGGCUGCUAUGCCAAGCUCACUGUCCUCGUUCAAGCGGGCCAGUGUUGGGCCAAUGCACGCAUCGCCAAUCAAAAAUCGGCAUAUUUUGUCCCUGUCCCGCCCACUACCCCUGGUUAUAAUUCACAAGGGGGCCCAUAUGGUAUAUGUACAGGUUGUAAUUGGGUCCCGAAACCAGCGGAUCUAGUCGCCUCGAACAACCCGGCAGACUUUUGUUUCUUCUGGCACGACGCGGCCCACCCUGUGCCGGCUCCUGGCAAACCGACCAUCCCAAUGCCGAUAAUAUGUCCCUCCAACUUGAACCCCUGCCCAUCGUUGAACUGGUAUGAGCCAGGCAACAAAUUGGGUAUGUACGGAGACUGGAAGUCGGCUUACGAGGGUGUAUGGUUCGGCCCUAGGGACAAACCGCCAUCAUAUAAGGCAUUGUAUUGUAAUGGGCUGAAUUUGGGAUGCGAAACGCUUACGAAUCGUGAUUUCCAGUUCCCGAGAAUAGUCGGCAAGUGUGACGUAACUAAAUGCAGGCCCAGAUCAUAACACCAACUAUCAGUCAGAAUUCCUAAAGAAUCCCACAGUAUGAUGAAAAUUUCAGAGUUUUGAAUGACGCUCGUCAUAAUCCUCCAUAUUAUAAUUAGUGCAGAAAAACUACAGAAAAUCUGUCAUUUCGUUACCACUUGUGUACGUAUCGAAACAGUUAAAGUAUAAAAAAAUAUAAAAAAUAAAAUAUACGACAGAAUCUAUCAUAGAGUCAGGAUUCGGGAUUGACAUGCGAGUCGGAAAUCUAUUCCCGAGAGUAUCUUCCAUUUUGGGUUGUACACUGACUCGCUUGGACUGUCCUUGGCGUGUAUGUGAUGAAUAAUACCUUACCAGUAUGUGUUGAAAAUAAUUGAAAAUGUAGAAAAGAAGAAAUAACUUGAUGAUGAUCAGAGCAUGGCUUUAGAAAAGAAAUGCCAUGGUUUACUAUGUCUUUAUCCUUCUUCAAUAUUCUCAAUUGAGUUUUAGAGUAUAUUUGAUGUAUCAGUCUGUAUAUUUCACAAAUAAAUAAAGAAUAAUGUACUCA